AAUGAUAUGCAGACGUUUGCUUCUUUCUACAAGGACAAUGCCAUGGCCAACUACUGGGACAAAUAUUUCAAUGAACUUAAGGAAAUAGAGGACAGUUGGAUGGAUGAGCCAGUGCACAUCCUUGAUCUGCUUAUGCAGAAAAGGAGGCAAGAGGACACAGCAGCCUCAGAUGACUUAUCAGACUUGCUGGGAAUCGCAAAAAUAGACGAUCCCAUCCCUCCUGUAAUAAUAGGCAACAAGAAGGCUGCUGCUGCCUCUGCUGCUCCAGCGAAAGAAACGAUCAAAGAAGGCUUCUUUGUUUUACUUGACUGGGCGAAAUAUGCAGAUGAGUGGCCCCAGCUUGCCAAAGUCAUUAAUAUUGUAUCGCCUGCAGAGGUUGAAAUUCACUGGUACAAGGGGGCAAAAACAACAGCCUGGACUCCUGCAAGUAGGAGAAUGAAAGGCUGCAAAGGUGGUAAGACUGAACCCUUUGUUGAAACUGUGAACACCAAUGUCAUCUGGUGCAGAGGGUUCAGUCUUACCCCUUCUGGGCACUUGCCCAAACACAUUAAGGAUCAGGUAGAUGUUUAUUUUGACUAGAGCAUCUACAAACACUUAAUCACACUUCUUAUUAAGAAAUACAAUUUUCUAUGAUGAUUUCUUGUCGAAUAACCCACAGCACGAGCGAUUUGAUAACAUGCAUCUAUACUCCUUACUGUGGGUUAUUCAACAACAAACACUCAUAGAAAAAUAUUAAUUAGAUUCUAACAUGAUUCAGAUUGAUUGGUUCAAGCUUUUGAACAUAAACUAUAGUUUUCAAUACUUCGCCCUUCUAAGUACAAAGUUCCCUUUUUAGUGACGUCAUUGAAUUGUACUAACAUAUGAAGUUGUUUUCAUUCAUAAAUAUUUUGCUCAUGACUUAACUUUAAUUCAGAACAAACAUCGUAGAAACUAAAUGACGUCAUGUUUAUUGAUGCUACUGACAAGCUGAUAUGCUCUUAAUGUUUUUUAAUUACG